UAAGGAGAUCAGUGUUCUCCUCGAUCAUUGAUUUUUUUAUGAUAAAAAUAUUGUAAAAUUCUAGGAAAUGAAAUAUUAUCACCAUAAUUUUUCCAACGAUCCGGAAAAGGAUCUACUUUGUGAUUCCGUCCUCUCCCCUCUGUCAUAUUUUUCGCUCAAAUAACUCGUAUAAUGAACUAGGCAAUUUUUUAAACAUCUGUUAGUAGGUAUUUUUAUAAGCCCGUAAUAGGUAGGCAAUGUGCGAAUUUAGAAGUGGGUAUAAUAAUUCUUCGAAUUUAAGGUUAAUUGUCGUCGUCGGUUAAAUUACGCUUGAUUAAUCUUAGCUCUGCUAAUGACUUUGCAACUUUAUCGAUCGUCAUUUGAACUGUACCUAUCUCGUGUUUCAGUAUUGUUCAAACAAAUGAACAAUGUGACGAGGAUAGAUAAGUCGCAAGCAUAAACAUGCGUUUUUUAAUACUUCUCGGUGCUAUAAUUUUAUACGUUAAUUUAUUAAAAUCGCAUUUUCAAUCGUACGCGAUCGUAAUGAACGAACGAUUGCAGAAUAGUUGCGAAAUCAGCGAGAAUAAUUUCAAUCGAUCGUGUAUUUAUCAUAAAAUCGUGUAUUUAAUCGAACAACUACCUUAUGUGUCAAAUUUUUCACCGCUUCAAGCUGGUCCUGUACAACUCGUGAAAUUACCCGAAUAUGCAACGAGUAUUAUGUCGGUGUCGGAGGAAAAACCCAAAUUCCGUUCGUAUUCGUCGAAUAUUAUAUCGUUGAUUAGUAAAAGCUUGGAGUUUUUCAUGGAAUCGUAUGGUAUAAAAAUACCUAUUCCUUCGUUGACGAAGAAUUACCCGGGCAUAGUUGUCGAAGAAUAUACGAACGCCAGUGAACAGAUCGGAGAAGCUCUUCGAAUUGCAGCCCGAAGGAAGAAGAAGGAUAAAAAGUUCGCCAUGGUUUUUCCUUUAAUAGCAACUUUUAAAUUCAUUCUCAUCAAAGCUCUACUUAUACCUAUUUUAAUGGGAAUCAUCGCCAUUAAAAAGAUGUUAGUUGUGGCUGCAAUGGCAGUACCUACAGUUAUAGCCAUGUUACGUAUAUGCCGAUUUGGUCCAGGCGGUUUCUUCCCUGGAGCCGGAGGAUUACAAGCUGCUGCGGCUACAGCUCCUGUGCUAGCUCCUUACGUUGCUACUUCCGAUACAAUUAUUGGCGAUUUCUCGAAUUAUAAUCCUUUAGCUUAUUCGAAUCCUUAUCAUGCCAAUAAACAGCAACAAGCUGAUUACGGAGGUAAAAGUUUUUAUUAAAAGCACCUCGUCGUGUCUUUGAAUUUGUUUUGUUUGUACAAAUUGUUUAUUUAAGUAAAUAAAACCUAUUU